CAUCAUGUGAUUAUAUGUCUGUCUGUAUGUCCUCAUAGAAAAUAAGGAAGACGACAGGGACAGGGAGAAAAUACACAAAGAUGUUCGCGUUUUUCCACAGAAUUCUAGACUGGUUUAAAAGCCUGUUCUGGAAAGAAGAGAUGGAGCUUACUUUGGUAGGACUACAAUAUUCUGGGAAAACAACAUUUGUUAAUGUUAUAGCGUCAGGCCAGUUUAGUGAAGAUAUGAUCCCAACAGUAGGCUUUAAUAUGAGGAAGAUCACCAAGGGCAAUGUUACAAUCAAGCUAUGGGAUAUUGGUGGCCAACCACGUUUCAGAACAAUGUGGGAAAGAUACUGCAGAGGAGUGAACGCUAUCGUAUACAUGGUAGACGCAGCUGACCAAGACAAGAUUGAGCCCUCUAGGAAUGAACUACAUCACUUACUAGACAAACCACAGCUUCAGGGCAUUCCUGUUCUAGUUCUAGGUAACAAAAGGGAUCUGUCUGGUGCCCUAGAUGAAAAGGAGCUUAUAGAAAGGAUGAACUUGUCUGCAAUUCAAGACAGGGAGAUCUGUUGUUAUUCAAUAUCAUGUAAAGAAAAAGAAAAUAUUGAUAUAACAUUACAGUGGUUAAUUCAGCAUUCUAAAUCAGGACGAUAGAGACUAGUGUGUGCCAAAGACUUGAUGGACUUUAUUUAGAAAGACGGAUGGAGAUUUUAGAGGCGUUUAUAUGAACGUCCAUAGCAAUGCAACUAUGAAGUUUGAGAAAGACUGAAGAGGAGAGUUGUCUGAAAUUUCAGGACAUAGUAUUGGUUUAUUUAGUGAAAGCCUGUGAAUUUUGAAGCAAUGUAUGUAUGAAUUUAGAUGCAAAUUAUAAUUGUAAUUCAAUGAAAAUGGAGUAGAGGUAAAUUGUGUAUUCAGAGGUAAAAUAUAAGACAUUGUUUACAUACAAAAAGAAUUUAACUAAGGCAAUGACCAGUGAUAAUUACAUUAUUUUCAGGAAAAACAACUCUAAUAAUGGGACAUUUUUGAUAACUUUUACCAAAAAUACAACCCUUUAUAUAGGACUGUAGUCCACAUACA